UGUCAAUGUCAAAUGUGACAUAUGAUGUGUGCUUGUGCUUUGUUGUGAAAUAAAAACAAGUACUAUUUUCGUUAAAAAAAUAGCCGUUGAUUUGAUUGUUGAGAUUUUAUUGCUAAAAACCUAAUAGGGCAAUCGUAUUUGCCAUUUUAAUGAUCAGCUUUCAUCUUUAAAAAGGAUUUAUUUUUAACCUAUAUUCAGAAACUGCGAUGUUUGGAAACCUCAAUAAACCAGCUUUCGGAGCCGCUGCAACAAACACUUCUUUUGGCUUUGGUACAUCUGCCGCUAACACGACAAAUCCAUUUGGUCAAAAUCAACUUUUUGGAAAACCUGCAGGUGCUUUUGGAAGCCCAUCUACUUCUGCCUUUGGCCAGCCAACAAACACUCUGUUUCCAGCAACACAACCUCAAACUACUAGUUUAUUUCAAAAUGCUAAUGCCGGAUUUGGUACUCACCCUGUAUCCACCCAGUCAGGGUUUGGUACCUCAAAUCUUUUUGGACAACAACAACAGCAACAGCAGCAACAACCUGCCGCCGGUGGAUUGUUCAACACAACCACUGCAUUCGGACAACAGAACAAACCAACCGGAUUCGGAUUUGGUACCCAAGCUGCCCAGCCAAACCUUUUUGGACAAGCGCAGCCCCAACAACAGCAAGCCGCCAGUAUCUUCCAGCCGACGACCAGUAAUUUAUUCGGGGCUUCAGGUGCUUUUGGGCAACAAUCUUCGGGUACUGGGACUGUCAAAUUCAAUCCAGUUACUGGCACUGAUACAAUGAUGAAAAGCGGAGUAGCCACAAGUAUUAAUACAAAACAUCAUAGCAUUACCUGCAUGAAAGAAUAUGAGAAUAAAUCAUUUGAAGAAUUGAGAUUUGAAGAUUAUGCUGCAAAUAGAAAAGGACCUCAAAACGCGUUAUUUUCAGGUCCUCAACAACAAACCGGUUUCGGUGCUACGCCUUUUGGUGGUACAGUAUCAUCGGCGCCGUCUCUUUUUGGCCAGACGACCGACGCCUCCAAGUCUGCUUUUACGGGUUUCGGACAACAAGCGACUCCAGCUUUCGGCCAAAAUGCUGGAUUCGGAAUGGCCAAUCAGCAGCAACAAACUGCUGGAUUAUUUGGAAAACCAGCUACUGGAUUUGGAACACCAACAAGUCAGUCCAAUCUUAAUUUCGGAUUUGGCAACACUGCCCAAACAAAUAAUCCAUUUGGUCAAACUCAACAGCCGAAAGCGUUUGGAAGUACUGCGCCAUCUAUUUUUGGAACAAAUACUGCAACAACUCAAGCUACAGCAUUUGGUACAGGGGGAGGACUAUUUGGACAAACAAAUACACAGAAUACCGCUGGUUCUCUUUUUGGUAAAACAGCACAACCCACCACCAAUUUCGGAACCAAUCAAGCCACAGCUUUCCCUUUUACUACGCCUACUACAAUCCAAACUACCGGCCUAUUUAGUAAUGCAGCUAAACCUAUAUUUGGGCAAGCGACAACAGCGCCGGCCUUUGGACAAACCAAUACCUUCGGAAAUAACACUUUCGCCAGCUCCUUUGGGAAACCGACAGCGCAAGCUUUUGGUACAACGCAAACGCCGGCUUUUGGCAACGCUUUGGGCGGCACCUUACAACCCCAAAAUAAUUCGCUGUUUGGAAAUAACGCCCCCAAACCUGGUGGGCUGUUUACCAAUACAAAUGUAACGGGCCUUUUCAACAACACAAAUACCAGUUUUCAACCAAAUACAGGAUUCAGUCUUCAACCGCAACAACAACAAUCGAUGUUUCCGUCUACAGAUCAACAACUAGCGACCAAUCUCGCCUUACUAACGGCGGAUCCGUUCGGUGAUGCUCCUCAUUUGGCGGGCCUCGAACCAAAAUUGAAGACGAGUUCGCCUUCGUUGUCUGCAACGGAUCCCAAAGAACUCAAAUCUCUUUUGGAUGCUUCAAAAAAAGUGGACAAUUCGAGCGCUUCCAAGUUGAAAGUCGUACCUAUCAGAAGCGUCAAGGACAGCUUAUUCGAAGGAGUAUCGCCUACGUUAAACGGAGACGUCAAUUCCAAAGAAUACGUCAAAACUAAUUGCCGAAGGUUGAUUUUAAAGAAUCGGCCCAGCGGCGGCGGUGACAACCCGUCGCCAGGAAUAAUGAGAACCGAUAUUUUAAAACACAUCAUGGGUUCGCCAGAUAAUGAUGAAAACUUAAAUCCGGAUUUGAACGGGACUAACCAAAAUUCCCAACCGGAGAUCAGAAAAUCACCGCUCAGACUUAAUUUCGAAAACAGCGGUGAUCUGAGUAACCACGUUGUAGGUUCUCAAAGUUUCUUAUUGGAUAAUUCUUCGAUUAAAAACAAUUCGCUAGAUAACAUUCAAAAGAGCAACAAACCCUCUGUAGUAGAUGUCGAAGUUGAAACAGAAGAGCCUGCAUUAAACGCAACGGGUGAAAACAAGAAAAGUUAUCCAUGCAACAUCGUCUGUACCAGACCUGAGUAUUAUAUCCUGCCCAGUCCAGAGGAAUUGGUCAAAUAUAUUGAUGAACUUGGUCGUUGUAUGGUUAAAGGUUUCACGAUCGGUAGAAAAGGCUACGGAAAUGUCUAUUUCCCCGAAGAAAUGGACGUUUACGGUCUGAACAUCGACGAAUUGGUUCAUUUUAGAUAUCGAGAAAUCAACGUUUAUCCUGAUGAUGAGAAGAAGCCGCCCGUUGGUCAGGGCUUAAAUCGCAAAGCUCAAGUCACUUUAGACAAUGUGUAUCCGCGAAGGCCUGGCACCAACGUCCUCAUCAAAGACAUCAACGAGCUCUUGCAGAUGAACUUUUCGGAAAAAUUACGUAAAGUCACCGUCAACAAGGACGCCAAAUUCAUCGACUAUCGACCGGAAACCGGUUCUUGGGUGUUCAAAGUGGACCAUUUCUCCAGAUACGGUUUCGAUGAAAGCGACGAAGAGACCGUCCAAAAAAACGGAAAAGAAGCUGCCGAAAAGAAAAUGGAAGGCGUUUCUACGACGGAUGUUCCUGUGCAGACCAAAAUGACCGUGGAGAAGGCAACCGAGAAGGAGUCAUUGGCAAAAUCAUCACCUAAUGAAAAGCAGGUUUACGGUUUAGACGACGACAUCUUCGUGGAAGAAGGAACUCAAUUUCAAGCCGAAGGCGAUAUGUUACAGACUUCCAUGUACGUAGAUAUUUCAGAAGACGAUUAUCGCGUUAUACCAACAGAAAUGCCUUUACAUCACCACGAUUUCGCUAGCAGUAAAAAUAUACAAGUCAUGAAAUCUACGUUGUUCGCGGACGAUGAUAGAUCGUCUGAUGGUGGUGGCAGUCAUAUUUCCAUCAUACGGCAGUAUUUGGAUAUUCCCGAUGACAUUCGAGCUUUAUCGGUGGUUAGGGAAGAAUCUGUACCGAAGAAAAAGAUCAUGUUGAGACCGAAAAUAGAGAAAAUUUAUAACAUUAAUGAAAAUGAAAGUGGCACUGAUUUAAUGAGAAUAAGAAGCUAUCAGGAUUUGGGAAUAUUCAAAGGCAAUUCAUUCAAAGUCGGAUGGUCUAAAGGAUUCAGUUUUUAUAACUUAGUUCCUAAGCAAGAAGGUGGCACCCAAUUAGUUCUUAACGAUAUUAGAUGUGGAUCUGUGAAAACUUUCGAACCAAUAGAUGAAAUUUUGAAAGAUUCUUUAGAUAUAGUAUUAGAAGAAAGCACUUUUAAUUUAGACGCAAAUCAAAUACCGACUUUUAAAAUUAUCAAAAACCACUCUUAUUUGAAGAAGCAAACGAAACUCUUUGAAAACCUAAUGGAGAAAUACAAUUGCAAAGAAACUAAGUAUUUAUACAGCAUCUGGACAUUGGCCGAUGCUCUAUGGGGCCCCAGCGAAGAUACGCCUUGGAAUAGAAGACAUCUCUUGAGUGAAUGGUUAAAAUUCAAUACCAGCUACGAGUCGGGCAAUGAACCAAUCAAAAACAUUUUCGAUCAUCUUUCAGUGUUCAAAAUAAACGAAGCGGCAAAUUUAGCAUUAGAAAAACGUUACCCCAAUUUAUCAUUGAUAAUAUCGCAGUUGAGCGUAACGAACAGAACUAAGAUGUUCUUGCAAGAACAAAUAGAAAGUUGGUACAAAUCGAUGAGUUCCGAGCACAUCAAUGAAGGCAUGAAAAAGAUUUACCUUCUUCUAGCCGGAACGCCGAUCAGGGACGACGUGAACAUCUUCGAUGAUAUCGAUUGGAAGAGGGCGUUCGGCAUGCACUUGUGGUACGUGUCGCCGGUCGGAGCACCCAUCGAAAUGGUCAUAGAGUUAUAUAAGAAGGCGUUCGAGGAGUAUACCUAUGCCGAAAUGCCGAAUCCACCUUAUAGGACGAAUUACGUAGAAGGAGGGUCUUUUGAUCUACUGUAUCACAUUUUGAUGCUCUAUCGUUCGAGGGUGCACAGAUUGAGCACGGUGUUAAACUCGUCCACUCAUACUGAUAAUUAUCUGGAUUAUUGGCUAAGCUGGCUACUGCUACAACUUUUCCAGUCAUUAGAGGUCGGAAUAAUGGACGAUUCCGAAAAAAUCAAACUAUGCACGAGCUUCUCCAAUCAAUUAGAAUCUUUAGGCGAAUGGGAAUGGGCGAUAUUCAUCCUACUACACAUCGAAGACAACUCUUUGAAGAAAAAUCUCAUUAUGGGCAUUUUAGACCGCAACCUGUCAUCCGACGUGAACAAGACCACCGCAAAAACCGAAAACAAUUUGGUAAACAGAAUGCACAUACCGCCGGAAUGGAUACACGUGGUCAAAGGUCAUAAAACGCUUUUGGUCGAAAAGUAUUUUCAAGCGUUCAAUCACUUUGCUCACGCUAGGGAUUACUGCAAGGCGAAUGAUAUACUGGUCGAUCAGUUAUUGCCGUCUCUAUUCGUCAACGAGCAAUAUGAUAUAAUCAAAGUUCUCAUUGGUGAAAUCGAAGAAGGUGCUGGUGAUAUUGAACAUUGGAGCAACGAAGCGGGAUUGUUCAGGGAUUUCAUAGAGUUACAAGAAAGAUAUGUUUCUUCUGAAGACAAUUUGAGAAUUCAAAUGAGCCUGCAGUCAAUCAGCAGUAGAAUAGCGAAUUUCGUACCGAAAACGAAUCACCAAAAACUGUGCUUUGCCGAAAUGUCUAAGCGUUGCGCUUCGAUAUACAAGGAGUUUUGUAAAAAAUCGCAUUCCACGGUAUUCAGAAGUUCUUAUUUGGAGUUUAUCGAAAAUUUGAACAUGCCGCCGGAUUUCAAGCAAACUGAAGCUCUUUUUAUCAUCAAUGAAAUAGGAAGUAGGUGUUGAGUUUGUCGUUAAACGCGCUAUUAUAGGUUUUUUGUACAUAUACUAAGUUUAAGGUUAAGUUAUCAAUUUUUUCGUGGUGUUCUGAAAACUUUUUAAAAUUAUAAACGAAAACAUUGUGAGGGUGUGGUUAUUCCGUGAAAUUAAAGAUAUUUUGUUGGAUUAUGUUGUUACUAUAUCUGUAAUGUGUGAAGGGCCUAUUGUGCAUCCUUCUAGCUUGUGAGCCAGCUUUAUGUGAUUACUGUAGUAAUGAAGCAAAUGUAAAUUCUAAAAUAAAUAUGGUCAGAGAAAGAACUAUCAACAGUAAAGAACAAGGCAGUUGAGUUAUACAAAAAUGAACUUCAGAAUUUUUUAAAACAGAUCUAGUUGGUACUUAUUAUUAUUAUUUGUUUCUGAAUUUUAUUUUAGUCUGUGAACCCAUCUAUUUUCAAAUAAUAAUUUAUAAGGUUUUAACUCCUAUUGUUGUAACAGCUAAGACUUUUUGUAGCGAGCUCAUCUAAUUUUAGUGAAUUCAGGGUUGGAUUUGAAAUUGAAAUUUUUGAAGUAACAUUUGCUUAAAAGUUUCAAUCUCAACUUACAUUAUUAAACUGGAAUACUUUUUAUACAGUCUUUCCGCAAAUGAUUAAUGCAAUAAAAAAGGAUACUUCACAUAGAUUUGAUUCUUCUUUAUCAUUCGAGCAAUAUUUAUUUUGUAUGUAAAAUACGUUAUUAAUAAUCCACACCCUAUUUAUUGUCAUACUAGAACAUAAAGCAAUAGUUGGUGUUUAGAAAAAAAAUGACACUUUAUACAUUGAUCAUUCUAAAAUUAAAGAUAUUUCGAUGACUCAGUAUUUUAUAUUAAAUAAACCAACACAAAAUGAAAACAAAUGAUUUUAACAAGUUGC